AUGGCCAGUCACGAUUACUACCAGCAAGGUCCUCCUCAGGGUUAUGGUGGUGGCUACCCGCAACAGCCUCAGCCGGCAUACGGUCCUGCUCAAGGCCAGUACUAUGGCCCGCCUCAGGGUCAACCCCAGAUGCAAUACCAGCAACAACCCCCUCAAGAAAGGAAGCAGGGUGGAGGUGGCUGUCUCCAAGGCUGUCUAGCAGCACUAUGCUGUUGUUUCGUCUGUGAGGAGGGAUGCGAAUGCUGUGCCGAAUGCUGCGAAUGUUGUUUCGAGAUGUGUUAA